AAACAAUUCAGUUGUAAUACGCGAGCGAGAAACUGCUGUUGCAUGUCAUAUACACACACGCACCCGAUAUGGUAACAUAUUGUUAAAGAAAAUUUGUGUUGGCGAGCAGAAAAAAAAGGCGAAUUUGAUGUAAAAUUUCAAUUCGACGAUGGUAGAAUCUGGUAUUGAACGAAAAAUUUAAUAAAAAUCGACGGCAACAGCAACGAAUCGUGUAAACAGUGAGAUAAAAAAGGAAAACAGGAACAGGCUUUUUACUACAACAAAACUGAAUCAUAAAUGAAUCUCAUCGUGAAGUUUUCGAAACCAUAACCAACCACUCACUGCAUAACGAUGGGAGUUGGCUGUAUACAACAAGGCGACGCUUAAAUGUUAACAAAAAUCGAUAAAAAUAAACACUUUGAAGUGUAGCUGUAAAUAGGUAGACGAACCAACAAUAAAACACAAACAAAACGCAAACAAAUAGAAAUAACACAACAGCACACAAUCUCACAGACACACACAAACACAACAAUGGAGGAUUUAUUAGCGCAAUUAGUCAAAGAAGCAACGGGACCAAAGUUAAUGAAUUUGAAAAAUGCGUCUCAAAACGCUUACGAUAAAUUGCAACGGCAGCAUGGAACACAUCGUGACGCAUCCUAUGAACUGCGUUCGGUAUGUUUGACAGCUAUACAAAUGGCACUGGAAACAAAACGGCCUAAAUUCAUUUCGCUAGCGCUAAAUGGAAUGCACCGUGUCAUAAAAGAUGAAAGAUUCUCGUUCUCAAUUGAGCCAGAAAAUGAUUCUCUAUGGUUGCCAGCGCAACUUUUACGAACCACUUCAUCGGUGUUGGUGCAAGGAUCUUGGGCAAGUGAAGAGACUCUUGUAAAUAUUUUACGCUUAUUUCUGGCCAUGGCCUGUUCGCCUUCAUGCACACUCAACGGACGACUUUUAAUCGAAAUUCUUUCAAAAUGCGGUGAGAGUUGGGAAAGUGGUUCCCGAGCUGUUCGUGCUGCAUCGCUUGCAGCUGCAUCUCAAUGUUUGCGAACGUUUUGUGCAUUUUUGAAAGAUGAAACGGAAGAUGUGAUGAAAUCCGCUCCAACUGGUUUAAUCACUGUCGCACAAGCGUCAGCCGUCUACAAUGAAGUUAUCCCGGUUAUGCAAUAUCUCUGCAGUCGACUCAUUGAACCAAAAGUUGGCACACCGAAGAAAAAUGAUUCAUGUAAUUCGCUCUAUCUCACCGAAUGCAUACUUACCUUGACAACAGCAUUACCGAAAAAUGUGCAAACAAAUCCACACUUUACAGCGUUUCUAUGGCAAAAAUUCUGUCCAACACUAGCUGCAGCGCUUGGUUCCCCUGGUCGUAUCAAUUUGGACAAAAAAUUUACAUACAAAGACGCAUUGCAUAUAAUUGAAAAUGAAACGCGUGGUUUUUUCACUGGACCCGGUCUGGAGCCGCCACAAGCUAGAUGUAUUUACUUGACAGCUAUUCAAUUAUUACGAAUUGCUGGCGCACAAAAUUCACUUCGUCCAAUGCUUGAAGCUUUGUUUCAUCGUAUGCUAUUGUUGCCAUUGCCACAGAAUCGUUCCGAACCGUUAAAAACCGUCAAAGAAAUUUUCCGAUCUCCGGCACGUUUGGUUGAUUUAUCGGUGAUUUUAUACAUGGACAAAAACCAAGGGCAUGGAGGUGAUGAUAUGGCUCUUUUUCGGCUAAUCAUCGAUGCGAUGGAAGAGUGUGCGCUAUCAGCACAAGCAGGCAAUUCAUGUGAUAAUGCACUUCAAGCGAGUGUCGAGUGUAUCGUUGCAUUUUUGGAAAGUUUACAAACACUUUGCUCUGGCAAUAUCGAUGAAAAUUCACUUAGCGAUCAAACCGUUCAAAUUAUAAACAACCGAUUCGCAACGCUGAAAGAUGUUGAUUACACCGGACCAUUAACGUACAAUGGAAUGGCAAGGUUGCCGGCACCAUACAGAGAUGCUGUUGCUGAGCUACGUGAAAAUGGAUUUGAAACGUCAUCGGGUUCGGAUAGUGAGCUUGAUGCAAACGAUGGAGAAAUCGCUUCAAUGGGCUCUGGAGACACGGAGGGUCCCGAAGAAGAAUGUCAUUCAUCAAGCGACGAGAAUUCAUCACGAAACGAAGGGAAUUGGCCGUAUUCAUAUCUCGAAGCACCGCCACCCAUUGGAUCAAACAGUGAAUUUGAUCGUCAACAUGCACGUGAAUUUACAAAAUCGUUGGCAAGUAAUUUGGUGCCGAGACUGCUGAAAUUGCGUACAUCUGUUGAAGUAGACGAAGCGAUUCAGGAUUUUGCAUCAAAUAUUUGCCAAGAAAAUAGCAUGAAUUAUUCCGAUUUCGAUUAUAAUCUCACGGCAAUCAAUGCGGAUGGAAUUUAUUUGGCAACGUACUCAGCAUUGUUGCUUAGUUUUCAAUUAAUGAAAGCGGGUCAUUAUGACAAUUCAGAGGAAUCAAUUGCCAUUCCAUUGACAGAGCAGCAAUUUGUCGCAUCGGUACAAAAUACGGGUGUUUUAGUUUAUUUAUCAACGGGUUGGCUAUGCGAACUAUAUCAAUCGAUAAUCGCCGCAAAUCCAAUGGUGCUAUUGAAAAAAGAUGAAUGGCUGGAAAAUCGAUGCGCUUUAAUUGAAUUGCUACAAGAUGCAACUGGAAUUGGUCAAACGCAAAUGCUGUCCGAAUGGCAACGAUUGCAAAAUGUUACCUCAAAACUCGAACAAAACGAGACAUCGAAUCCACGACGUGAUGCGGCUAAUAAAUUGGCACGACGGUUGCUGACCUGUUGUUGGGAUUCGAUGGUGGUCGUAUUGAGUACUGCAUUAGAUGAUUUGAAUACUUCUUCCAAAAAUAGAUUAGUAGCCAUGUCGCAGAAGACAUUGAAGUUUAAGAAACCACAAAAUAUUGGCGGCGAAGCGUUAUUUGCAAUGAGCUUGGAAGGUUUGCAUGCGGCUGCUACGCUUAGUAAUUCACUGAAUUUGCAACAUUUGUCCGGCAAAAUAUUAUCGUUGCUUGCGUCGAAUGUGUGCUCAUCGUCGGGACCACGGAUCACCGCGAGUCAAGCAUUGUCCAUGGAUGUUGUGCUGACCGGUGGUUUGGAGCUCGGAUCCUUUAGUCCCGAAUGUUGGUGUUCAGUGUUUUCGGUGUGUCGGCACGUUACACAAAUCGAACAUGAUUUAUUUAGCUUACAAAGCACCACACUGAGUCCGUCGAAGAGUAAUGGGAAAAUAGUUGACAAUACAGAGAAAUCGGGUUGUGCACCGGGCACAGGAAAUGACAAACUGAAUUUAUCAUCAUGUCCAAUCGAUGACGAUGAAACUUGUGUUGAUGUCUAUAGUUUUUUACAAACACCGUUACAAAGCCCAUCCACGAAUGUAGCAUCGAUUUUAAAAAAUCGAAAUAGUUCAAGUGAAACGUUGCUCAGUCAAGCCGAUACGGCAAAAGUGCUCUGCACUUUGUCACAUCAAGCAGAAAAUUUGUUUGCUGACGCAGCGGAUCGUCUGUGUUUGCCAGCUUUGCUUUCAUUCAUAAAGGCGUUAUGUCGUGCUUCACGUGAUCAGCUGUACAGAAGCAAUGGAUCGAAAAAAGCAAUGAAUCGCAUUUGGUGGCCAACACGAAAACAAAAAAACGACUCAAUGCCAUUGGCCUUGCUUUUGCAUCGUGUUGGCGAUGUCACAUUGAGAGUAUUUCGCAGCUCACGACCUCUGUUACACAUUUUAAAGGUUUGGGGUAUCACGGGACCGGCGCUUAUGGAUGCGGCAUGUCAUAAAGAUCGCUCAAUAUCAAAACGAGCGAUUGAAUACAUUCAAGAUGUUAUUACAAGUCUUCUCGUCGAACAAACUGAAUUACCUCAUUUCCAUUUUAAUGAGGCUCUUCUCAAACCAUUCGAAAAUUUAUUGAGCAUGGAAACGUGCGACAUUGAUGUUCAAGAUCAAAUUGUGGCAUGUCUGUAUGAAAUAGUUGAAGCGCAUCGAACGGAAAUUCGAUCUGGAUGGCGGCCAUUGUUUGGUACAUUGAGAAAUGCGCGGAAUCGUCCAUUAAACACCACCAAUAUUAUUGAUAUAUUUCGGGUAUUUUUGGAGAGUGACAAUAUGCUUGUGUUUGCAAACGCUGGCUUAGACUGUAUCUUAUGUUUAUUAUCUUACUUGGAUGCAACAUCAUCGAAUGGUAAUGGGUGCGGCGGUGGCGGUGGUGGUGAAUUUGAUACAAACUUUCGUCCCAUUGAAUUUCUGCAUGAAAUUCUGAAAUUCUUAGAGCGUGGCGCUACAAUUUUAUCUUUCAUGUAUGACAUGCCAAAAUGUCCAAACUUCCAUUCAACGCACAAAAUAAAAGGCAUCGCCUACACGCACACAAUCGAUGCCAAUAUUCCAAAUUCAAUGGAGAAUUUUACCUAUUUUGGUAACGACUAUUUACAAAAUACAAACGAACAGCACAUGAUUAGCUAUCGCUCUUUGCACAUUGACAAGGAUUCAAUCACAAAAAUUGAUGAAUUGGAUAAAGCGUCGGGAGUGUUAAAAGUCUGGUUUCUAUUAUUGGAUGGUUUAACAAAUGCAUUGAUUGUAUGUUCGGUACAACAUCAAUCGGCCAUUUUACAAUGUAUUCUAAAAUUGUUUAAAAAUUUACAAAAAACGCCUGGAAUUGAAUUCGGUUUCUAUAGCAUAAAUCAUUUGCUGAUACCAAUGGUGCAGGAUUGGUUGCGAUACGUGAAUAAAACGUGCAGCAGUUGGAAUAUAACAACUGAAAAGAAUUUCAAACAUUGUUGUGGCAUGACAACCGAUUUAGUGGUUGAUUUUAUUGAACAACAGGCCCAAGGACAUUUCAGCCAAUUGGAGCGCAUCGAUAAAAGUCCGAAAAAAACAAAAGUCACAAGCAUUAAACGAUCAAAUGACAAUCUCAAAUAUCAUCAUAAUCAACAUCAUCAACAAUAUUUAAAUCAAAUGCAUGCCGAUGAUAUGAAUAAUUUGUAUGGUGAAAAAAAUUCAAAAAUGUCGGCCGCUGCAACAUUGACACUAAAACAAAUACUGCUUGUAUUGAUUGAAUGUUCGGCACAGUCUCAAGAAUCGGUUGCACGCGUGGGUGUAUCAUGUUUGAAACAUGUAAUUUUAUCAACGGGUCAUUUAUUCAAUGAGACCCAAUGGUUAAUCGCAUGUUCGGCAAUACAUCGAUCGUGUACGGUAACUGUGGCGCCGUUACGUCAGCUAUCGUUUGCAUUCCAUGAAAAAUCGAAUAGUUUCUAUGGUGAUUGUGCGACAGUAAAAAUUGCAGCCCGACGUGACAGUACCAUCGAUGAAAUUAUGCGAAUCAAUGCACUCGCUCAGCAAGUGUUCUUCUUGGAUAAUCAACGUGAUCCACAAAAUAAAAACAACAAUUCAAGUGCAAUUGACACAAAAAUACCAUCCGACGAUCGUAGUUAUUCAUUUUUAUUGUAUCCACUGUCAACGAGCUUUGGUCAAAGUGUUGAAAAUUUUGUUAUUCGAAUACCAUAUCGUACGAUGGUCAUUGGGUUGUUGGCAAAUCAAAUGCUUUUGCCACUCGUUGCCAAAUUGUUGCUGGGCAAUUUAAAGUGUGUGCCGUCUGAAGUGCAUUCAUGUAUUUUUGAGAAUAUAAAUACCGGUAAAAGCGGUGCACACUAUAACCUUGGAUUUUGUUCGCGUGAAAUUUUGUUGCGAUGUGUUAAACAAUAUUUAACAAGUUCAUUGGAAUUCGAUUCACGUCCCGGCCUCAAAUUUCUUGUCCAAAAAGUGUCCAAUCUUGAUUUUGCCGCAAAUUUAUACAAGCAAAUGACAUCGUCUUGGAUGAUUUAUUUCAUCUCAAUGGUCGAUUCGUAUUUGGUGGAUAUAUCAACAUACAAUCUUAGCAUUGAAGAUUUAAGCUAUAUUUUAAAAUCGUGUUCACGCGUUAACACCUCAACGGUGAAGAAGAAGGAGAAUUUUGUGCGUUAUUUAUUUUCGCUGCAAGACGCUUGGAAUUUGGUGUGUGAAAUUUAUUUAAAUAAUUCGAAUAUACGAAACGGUGAUUGGCAAACAUCGAAAUCACUCGACACACUAACAAAUGAUGCUAAUGAAAAUUCAACCAUCGUCAAUGGUACGGUAACAGUGAAUGUUGCCGAUGAUAACAUCAAAACGGAACGCAUCAAUAAUGAUACGUGCAACGGUGAGGAAACCGAUGAAUUCAAUACCAGCGAAAAUGGUUCAACAUCAUCGCUGAAUCAAAGCAAUCACCGCAAUAAUCCAUUCGAUGUUGUACGUUCACCAAGCAUCGAACUAUCUGAUUCAAAUAAAUCGAUUGCACCCGAAAUAGAACAGCAACGUGCCACAAGCAUAUUGAAAGAUUUAAAUUUUAAGCGUUCAGUUCUUUCGCAAUUGGUCAUUGCAUCAAUGGAAUUGUUAUCGACACUUCCGAAAAAAAGUGCAACUGAUUUACGUAUGCUUAUGACGCCGACCAUUCGCGAGGCUUUCCGUUUGGUUCAAUUACAAGACAACGAGCUUAAACUGGUGUAAAUGUGACACAAAUCCAUUUGGAAUUUAUCGUAUGAAUUUCAUCGUGCCACACACACAUCGGUUCCACACUUUUUUUCGCUUUAUAUUAUACACACAAACUGAAAGAUGGCAGCAAAGAUGAAAAAUAUGCUUGGAUUAAAAAUGAAGUAAAAAACACAAACACACAUACACACAUGAGAGAAAAGAAUGAAUUAUUUUUUUUAUGAGACAUUUUUACAUGAAAGUUAAGGAAGAAGAGAAGGAAAUUACAAAUGUUCAAGUACAAUAGAGGAAUUGGAAACUACUAUAGUUAAUCAAUCGAAAUGCGAAAGAUAACAAAAAGAAACACGUUACUUAUUUCUACUUUAUAUCCUUUAUCGAUCUAUCUAUCUACCGUAACCCUCUUAAUCCUCAUAUAGACACAUUGCGAACUCACUUACUUAUCUCGCUAUACUAAACAAAAAAUCGCUUCGAACUUUUUCCAUUUUCGAAUCAAAGCAUAAAUAUCUAUAUACACACAUUAUAUAAUUCCAAGCGAAAUGAGCAAGCAAAACAAAAAAAAAAUGAGAAUCCAUUAGGUGUAUAAUCAAUAAAGAAAUUACGGAAUAUCUAGAAAAGGAAAAAUGCAAAAGACAACACUUGUUCUUUAGGUUGCCUCUAUACAAAUAUAUUUAUCAUAAGUAAACAAAGAGUUCCCUAAGCUCAAUGUACAAUAACAAAACCAACAACAACAAAAAUAUGUAUACAAAUAUGGAAAUUUAUUUUGUAUUUAUUCUUUAUGAAAAUAUGUACCGAACGUGAACGAUGAACGAAUUGUAUUUAUGGGUUCCGUGCGAAAAAUAAAAAAUAUUAUGCUGAUGAUGAUUAUGAGAAUAGAUGAUGGAAGACGAAGAAAAAAAAAGUUGAAACCAUUGUGAAAGCAAAGCCAAUGCUGUUUAAUUCCUACCAUCUAGAAGUAUUAUGUAUUAUAAGAACUAUUAAUAAAUUUUUUUGUGUGUGCAACAUUA